AUGAAGGAUGACAUCAACCACACGAUAACAUCACCGGAGGAGAGAUACGAGAGCACCAAAGAUCAUUUCCAACAACAUCUCUUCAAGAACGAUAUCGACGAACUUGAAAGCGACACGUCACAUGAACCGUUGGAUAAGCUAAAAACCGAAAAUGAAGUAAGAUCUGCGCUGAAGAUAAUGAAGAUUGGAAAGGCUGCUGGGUUCGAUGGGAUCAGCGCAGAACUGCUCAAAUACGGACCAGAUAUCCUAGUAACACGCGUUACCAGCAUACUGAACGCCCACGAUUACGCAAUCCCGAAACCAGACGAAGCGAUUUACGCAGACGAUACCGACUUUAUAACGGAAGACGAAAACAACUCAACUUGGAUUCAAGAGAACGUCACUACCAUCUUGCAAACGCAUCGACUCAAAUCACACCCGGACAAGAACGAGAUCACAGUGAUUAAACGAGGAAAUAGAUCCGAAGAGAGGUGGAGGAAAACGAAGAAGGUCGGCUCUUUAUUGGUUGGUCUGCUCAAGCAAAUAUCAAACAUGUACACAAUAGUAUCUGAGGUUGAAAUAUACUGGAAAACUUCCCUGGGAAUUUUCACGCAGUCUGCAUGUGUCCACUUUGAGCACCGGUCGCACUCGAUCCAGUCAUCCCAAUCGGUUCUGCUGUAUUUGAGACAUUCUUCUUCGUCUGGUCUGAUAUCGGUCGUUGAUUUAGUCCUCAUAUACGAAUGGAGUUUGAUACACAGUCUUCAUUGCCUGAAAGACAUCAUAUUUCAAUUGAAAAAGCUUAGAGAAGAUAAUACACGGAACAGCGAAUUAGUUGUCAAAUUAGUUGAACAGGUGAUUUUUAGCAAACCACAUAUAUUUGGAAAUGAUCUAUACAGUAUAUACGAGCAAUUGAUACUCGCAGCCUUGGAUCUAGCGCGUUUUGAUCUGGUUGAUCAAUGUAUGGAUAUAUUGGACUCAAAAUUUCCGGACUCUAUGCGGGUGCAUAAACUCAAAGGUAUGCGGCUCGAAGCAGUAGGUCAGUUUGACGAUGCCGAAGUUCAUUAUAAGGCCAUGCUUGAACUCGACAACACCAACUCCAUAUGCCGUAAGCGCCUCGUGGCUAUCAAAAAAGCAACAGGAGAUUUUGCAGCUGCCAAGAAAGAACUCUGCGAACAUGUCAAAAGUUUCCAGGCUGACUUCGAAGCGUGGCACGAGUUAGGCGAUCUGUACAUUCAGGAUGGCGAAUACAGCAAAGCUUUGUUUUGCAUUGAAGAACUUAUAUUGUCAAAUGCUUAUAAUCAUCUUUAUUAUGAGAAAUGUGCUGAAAUCAAGUACUCUCAAGCCCUGGCUGUAUCUUCUUCGGCUGCGAUCACUAACCCAAUCGAGCAUAUGGAAAUGGCUCGAAAGUAUUUUGCACAUGCCGUCAAGUUGGGCGGUGAAAAUGGAAAUGGCGUGCGUGCGCUAGUUGGUAUGAUUAUGUGCAGUCAUUUUCUGGCAGUGAACCCAAAAUGUUCCUCUAAGCAGAAGAAGGACAAUGUGAAGUUCGCUGUCUGGGCGUAUGAAACGCUGACUAACAAGUACAAACGAGUGGCUCAUGUUUCAGCCCCUCCCUCCAGUUACGCUGGUUUGGCUGUUUUAGUUGAAAGUCUUAAUAUCAGUUUAUGAAUUUAAACCCAGUUGACGAUUUUCAUUAUUAUUUGGUGGUUGUUGCUGAACAGUUUAAUUAAUCGACUCAAAGGAAUUUUUCUACCAAUUUUGUCAGAACAAAUAGGACGUUUUAAAAGCUGAGAAUAAUAGCCAAUCAGUUCAGCGACACUUAAAUUUUUUAAAAUCUUUUCCUAGCUCGAAUGCUUUUGUCCUCUACGAUAUUCAAUUCAAUUAGUAUAAAUCUAUUUUAAUUGAUAUUUAAACCCUUGUUUGCAGAU